AGAUAUCCCUGAGGUAGUCAGAAGAUUGCCUAAGCUGCAAAGAUGUUGGAAGAAGAUAUGGAGGUGGCCAUCAAAGUGGUGGUAGUAGGAAAUGGAGCUGUUGGCAAAUCCAGUAUGAUUCAGAGAUACUGCAAGGGCAUUUUUACAAAAGACUACAAGAAAACUAUUGGGGUAGAUUUCCUGGAAAGACAAAUUCAAGUUAAUGAUGAGGAUGUCAGGCUAAUGUUAUGGGACACUGCCGGUCAAGAAGAAUUUGAUGCAAUAACUAAGGCCUACUACCGAGGUGCCCAGGCUUGUGUUCUUGUGUUUUCUACGACUGACAGAGAGUCCUUCAAAGCAAUCCCUACCUGGAAGGAGAAGGUGGUGACUGAAGUUGGAGACAUUCCCACUGUGCUUGUACAGAAUAAGAUUGAUCUCCUUGAUGACUCUUGUAUAAAGAAUGAAGAGGCAGAAGCACUGGCAAAAAAGCUAAAAUUAAGAUUCUACCGAGCAUCUGUGAAAGAAGAUCUGAACGUGACAGAAGUUUUUAUAUAUUUGGCUGAUAAGUAUCUUCAAAGGCUCAAGCAACAAACAGCUGAAGAUCCAGAAGUAGUGCAUACCAGCAGUAACAAGAUUGGUGUGUUUAACGCGGCCCUCGGAAGUCACUGCAGCCAGAAUUGUAGCACCGUCAACGGCGGCGAUGUCGUCAACCUCAAGCCGAACAGGCAGAGGACCAAGAAGAGCCGAAGUCCCUUCAGCAACUGCAGCCUCCUGUAG